CUAAGACUAUCAUCAGUCUUCCUUGGAGUAUAUGAUCAGACUUUUUUUUUCCUUCGUCUGGGUUUUAAUUUUUUUUUAAUUAUUUUUUUCUGUUUAGAAAGUCCAUUACAGGUUCUGUCCAGCAAUGCAGAUCUCCUAGUUCCAGAGUUCUUGGCCACAGCCCAGACCAAAGAGAAGGCCUUUGUUCACAUGGUCAGCAAUACACUUCACGUGCCUACACAGGAGUUGGAGGUCCCACAACAGAGUGAUUACAUUCCCAAUUCCCCAAAAGAAACCAUCCAUCCCAAGCUAGGCAGUAUCCCCAGGUCCCCAGAAAUCAACCGUCACAAGCUUGGCAGUAUCCCCAGGUCCCCAGAAACCAUCCAUUUCAAGAUGGGCAGUAUCCCCAGGUCCCCAGAAGAAAUCAUCCAUCCCAAGCUGGUCAAUUUCCCCAAGUCCCCAGAAGAAACCAUCCAUCCCAAGCUGGGAAAUAUCCCCAGGUCCCCAAAAGAAACCAUCCAUCCAAAGCUGAGCAAUGUCCUCAAGUCCCCAGAAAAAAGCAUCUAUCCCAAGCUCAGCAAUGUCCCCAAGUCCCCAGCAGAGAGCAUCCAUUUCAAGCUGGGCAAUGUCAAGUCUCCAGAAGAAACAAUCUAUCCCAAGGUGGGUAGUAUCCCCAGGUCUCCAAAAGAAACCAUCCAUCCCAAGAUGGGCAGUAUCUCUAAGUCCCCCAAAGAAACCAUCCAUCCCAAGCUGGGCAGUAUCUCUAAGUCCCCAGAAGAAACCAUCCAUCUGAAGAUGGGCAGUAUCCCUAAGUCCCCAAAAGAAAUCAUCCAUCCCAAGCUGGGCAGUAUCCCCAAGUCCCCAGAAGAAACCACUCAUCUCAAGCUGGGCAACAUCUUCAAAUCCUCAGCCAUGACCAUUCAGCCUAAGCCGGGAGACAUUUUCAAAUAUUCAAUAAAAAAAAUCCAACCCAAGAAAGAUGACCUCCCCAAGUCCCCAGAGGAAACGAUCCAGCCCAAGGAAGGAGACUUCCCUGAGUCUUCAGAAGCCAAUCAGUUCAAGGAAGAAUUCUUUCCAAAACCCAAAGAAGAAACAGUGGCGUCCCUGGAGGUGGACAUGGUGAGAGUGAUCCUGGGCAAGGAGGACUUCGAAGCAGCACUCAAGGAGGCUGGAGAGAGGUUGGUGGCCGUGGACUUCUCAGCCACAUGGUGUGGACCCUGCAGGAGCAUCAAGCCGUUCUUCCAUUCCCUAUCUCGGAGGCACGAGGAUGUGGUGUUCCUGGAAGUGGACGCUGAUGACUGUGACGAGGUGUUGAGAGACUGUGCCAUCAUGUCCAUCCCAACCUUUCAGUUUUAUAAAAAAGAAGAAAAGGUGGGUGAGUUCUCUGGAGCCCUUAAGGAGAAACUCGAAGAGAUCAUUGCAGAAUUAAAGUAA